CUCAGCCCCCCCGGAGCGUUCCUGCGGGGCCGUUCCGGUCGGGGCGAUGGCGGCGGCAGGCCCCGGGGCCGCUCCUGGCGCUGCUCCCUACGGCAACUUCCCGAACUAUUCUCGCUUCCACCCGCCCGAGGAGCGGCUGCGGCUGCUCCCCGCCGGCCUCCUGCGCAGCCUCUUCCCCACCGAGCCGCGCCCGCUGCUGGCGCUCGAUGUGGGCUGCAACUCGGGGGAGCUGAGUGUGGCUCUCUACAGGCACCUCCUCGGCCUCCCGGAGGGCUCAGCCGACCUGUCCCAGCCUGCAGACGACCUCAAGCUCCUCUGCUGUGACAUCGACCCCACGCUGGUGGCCAGGGCCCAGCAGGGCAGCCCCUUCCCCACCCACAUCUCCUUUGCCACCCUGGACAUCAUGGACCCCCCUGCCAGGGCCGCCCUGCUGGGCUCCUACCUGCGCCGCUUCGGCCGCUCUGCCUUCGACCUCUGCUUCUGCAUGUCCCUCACCAUGUGGAUCCACCUGCACCACGGCGAUGGAGGCCUGCAGCAGCUGCUGGCCCUGCUCAGCUCCCUCUGCUCCUACCUGCUGCUGGAGCCUCAGCCCUGGCGCUGCUACCGGGCAGCAGCUCGGCGCCAGCGCAGGCUGGGCCGGGGGGGCCUGGAGCACUUCUGCUCCCUGGGCAUCCGCGGGGACAUGGCCCAGGAGCUCAGCCUCAUCCUCACCAGGGACUGCUCCAUGCAGCUCGUGGCCUCCUUCGGCCCCACCAGCUGGGGCAGGAGCCUGCUGCUCUUCAGGGCGGGCAGGCGGCAGGGCGGGGAGGGGCACGGCCAGUCCUAGGGGGCUGGGACACAGCAGGGGUGGCAGAGAGAGCCCCCAGCUGCCCCCGGGCCAGAACAGACCCCCCCGGGCCAGAACAGACCCCCCCAGCACAGCCCACCCCCCCCCAGCACAGCCCAGACCCCAGCCCAACUCAGACCCCCCAACACAGCCCCCCCCAGCACAGCCCAGACCUCAGACCAGCCCAGCCCCCAGCCCAACUCAGACCCCCCCAGCCCAGACACCCUCAGCCCAGCCCAGACCCCAGCCCAGCUCAGACCUCCCCAGCCCAGCCCCCAGCCCAACUCAGACCCCCCAACACAGCCCCCCCCAGCACAGCCCAGACCUCAGACCAGCCCAGACCCCAGCCCAACUCAGACUCCCCCAGCCCAGCUCAGACCCCCCCAGCCCAGAUCAGACCCCAGCCCAACACAGCCCCCCCCAGCACAGCCCAGACCUCAGACCUCAGACCAGCCCAGACCCCAGCCCAACCCAGACACCCCCAACCCAGACCCCCUCAACCCAGCCCAGACCCCAGCCCAGCUCAGAUCCCCCCAGCCCAGACCCCCCCACCCAUGCUCUUCCCCAGCCCAACUCAGACCCCAGCCCAUCCUCUCCCCCUGCUCAACCCAGACCCCAGCCCAACCCAGACCCCCCCAAGCCCAUCCUCUGCCCCAUCCCCAUCCUCUCCCCAGCCCUGUGCAGUCACCCAGCCCUUGGCACUGAGUGUCCCACCCAGGCCUGGCUUCAACACGAGCAGAAGGCACCAAA